ACGAAAAACCAUUACUGUUUCUUCGCCGUUGAGAUUUGAACCAAGGAACGAAGCUGCAAAACCCUAAACCCUCUCUCUCUGAUCACAGAACCAAGCCUCACAUGAAAGCUGGAGUUGCAGAAAAUCUCAUCGAAGAACAGCGCAGUCGUCAAUAUGAGAAAGAAGCUUCUCAUCUCACGCUCCUCCCUCCGCUCAAUUCUCAACGUCACUCCCAAAUCCAAUCACUUGUCCAUUGAGGUAUGUGAUUCGGUUGGAUCAUCAAAGUUGCAAUGGCAUGGAUGGUCACAUGCUGCUGCUUGUGUUCCUUCAGAAGCUUCGGAUACGCCCCAGAAAAGUGGACUGAGGGUUCCGAAACAUGAACGGAGAGCUAUGGUGGAGUCUUUUGUGAAUAAGUAUCGAUCAGAGAAUGCUGGAAAACUCCCAGCAAUAAAACGUACCCAGAAAGAAGUUGGUGGCAGUUAUUAUGUUAUUCGGGAAAUCAUUCAGGAACUAAAAUACAAAUCCGAAAUGAAACCCUUAAACAACAUUGAUGAGAUAUCAGUGGCAAAGCUAUUUGAUGAAAGUAAACUUAAAACUGCUGAAUCUGUUGAUGUUUCAUCCGUUAAAAUUAAGAAAGUCAAAGAUGGUCCUAUCCAAGAUGAUUUUCAGUCGGAACUUUUAGAUGGCAAAAAGAAUGUCAACCUUAGUUGUGAACUUCUUGAAGAAAAGGAAGGGCCACAGACUUCCUCUUGGAAGGGAAGGUUGUCUGAAGCCGAAGUCAUUUCUACACCAGAUGAUCAUUGCACCACAUCCGACAGCAAUAUUUUGGAAAAACAUUUUAAGGACUUCUCAAGUCCCCAGUUGGCAAACGAUGUUAAGACUGAGGAAGCUGUCUCUAGUUUUUCUGACUCUGUUGCACUAGAAAGUCAGUUGAUACAAUUGGAAGCAGAACAUUUCAGUAGGGACCAUGGAUCUGAAUUUGUUGACAUGGAAAAUCAUAAAAAAAUAGAGGAACAAUCCAUUAAGAAAGCAAGUUAUGAUAGAAGGGAGCAACCUGCUUUGGAAGACAUGUCUGGUGAAGCUUUCCAUUCUAGUCCUCAGGUGUCUAAUGAUGUCAAGAGUGAUGAGGCUGUAUCUAGUUGCCCUUCUGAUUAUGAUGCACCUGAAAGACACCAACUGAAAAAAGAAAUAGAGCAGGCUUCUGCUCCAAUAAUUGCACAAUCUGGCAGUAGUAGCAGCAAAGAUCAGAUCCAUGAUUCUAAGUUUGUAGAUAUUAAAAAUCAUCAAACAAAUGAAAUCAAAAGUCUUGAGAAAGCAGGACUUGAGAGAAAAGUGCAAGAUGGCGCACAAGACAAUCCUGGUAGGGGUAGUGCAAAGCAUAAAAAGGAGCAAUCUCAAGAGUCUUUGGAAUUGGAUGAGUCGAAAAUUGAUAGCUCUAACAAGAGGGAGAGAAGCGUUGCAGUUGCUUCAAACAAAUCAAAUUUGUGGGGAAAUCUGAAGUCAUUUGCAGAUGGCAUCUUAAAUAUCUGGAGAAAGUUAUGAAUAUGCGCGAACUUAUGUGGUGCCAGCUUAGCUUGCAGGCAGUUCAGUAUGUUUGCACAACUUUGACUGUAUGCACAACUUUGACUGUAUGCACAACUCUUUUCAAUCUGGCAUCCUUCAACAUCUAGCCAUGUUUCUUUUGUGCUCCAGCUUGCUAUACUUUUCUGUUUCAAAUGGACCACAUUUGCAAGAGUUUAUAGUUCUACUAUUCCAUUACCCCUAUUUAGGGUAAAAUCAAAAUCUGGAGUCCCAAUAAAGUAAUUAUCCUCCCAUUGUAAAUGAUUUGUGAACAAUAGAAAAGGAAAUGCAUGAUAUUGCAAUUAAGAUAUAAAUCUCCUACUCAAAUUGCGUUCAUGGAUACGAGUCUGAGCAGAUAAGAAGGAAGAUGUGAAGGUUGCAAAGUAGCCAAGGUUAGUCCUUACAUUUACGAUUUUGUAUUAUGGAGAGCAUUCAAAGAAAAUGUUCAACUCGAGAAUAUGACCGAUUUUCAAGGAAUGCAAUUUUUGUUUGUCUCAUGAAGACUCACAGAGAAACCAAAGAUGCUAUGCUUUUUUAACUUCCACAUUAAUCAUAAUGAUUGCUUAUCAUCCUAAUUAUAUACUUAUAUUCUGUGCAAACAUGGAAAGCAUGAGCACUAUUUUCUGUGGUUAGAAACUACUGUUACUUUGGGGGCUAAAUCACAAGUCAACAGAGAUGAUGAUGUGGUAUACUGCUUAUAUUGGUCACUUUGUACAUUCACAUUAAAAACUCUCAAUUAUUUUGAAACAUUGCCAGAUUAGAAUGUGAUGUCCUACAUUUAUGUUUGGACUGCCGACCAUGUGUUCGACUUACAUGUUGCUGAAUGUGUGGUGUAUGACUUGGUUAACCUUCGAUUAUCCUGUUAUAAUAAUUAAUAUAUCUAUAUUUUA